AUGUCUUCUAAACUGGUUCCCUCCAACCCGAGCGAGGUGGCCGUCAUUCGGAACAUCACACCAGAUAUCGUGACAGUCUCUGUGCCAUUCGCACGGAUGGGGAUAUUACGUAUUGGUGGGCGCGGUACUAUAAUACGCCUUACCUCCGGCACCCUAGCUGUCUACUCCCCUGUAGCUCUGACCCCCGAGACGAAAGCCAAAGUCGCCGAGCUCGGCGGCCGUGUCGGGUAUAUCAUCGCGGGGGACAUGGAACAUCACAUAUUCCUAUCAGAGUGGAUACGCGCGUAUCCCGACGCCAAGCUCCUCGGGCCCAAGGGCCUACAGGAGAAGCGCGAGAAAGUAAAAGACGACCCGCGCAUCGGGCACGAACCUUUUGCGUUCGAGUGGGAUGCUUCGAACCAGCGCGACGCAGCGGGCGUCAGCGACGAGUUCGCCGCCGACUUCGAGGUCGAGUUCGUAGGCGCGCACCCGAACAAGGAGGUCGUGCUGUUCUACAAGCCCGACCGCGCGCUGAUCCAGGCCGACCUGCUAUUCAAUCUUCCCGCUAUCGAGCAGUACUCGAAGGUGCCCGAGGCGGAGAAGAGCUCGCACGGGCUGCUGAACCGCAUUUUCGUGUCGCUGAACAGCACCGCCGGCGAGGCGAAGGGCUUGAAGCGGUUCCUGUGGUACGGACUUAGCAACGCGGGGGGAGGCCGCGCGAACUUCAACGAGAGCGUGCAAAGGAUCGCCGCGUGGGAACCCGAGAUCAUUGUGCCGUGUCACGGGGAGACCGUGGAGAAGAAUGGCGGGGAGCUGUUCAGGAAGGCCUUCGAGUGGCAUCUGCAAGGUCACAAGUGA